AUGUUAGCUCCUGUCGAAAGAUGCUCGAUUGAACAAGAUUCAUAUGUUACUUAUCAUAGUAAUGGCAAUGAUUUUAGUGGUCCGAUUGAAACUUUGAGUCCAAAAGUGCUCUGUAUUAGAAAAAUGCGAGAAUCACGUGGAGAUACCAGUGAAUUUCUCUAUCCCGCGCUGAAUGAAAACAGUAACGAAGAAGAAGUUACAGAAUCAUUUCAAGAUGUGAAACCGAAACGAAAAAAACCUGAAAGAAACACCUCUACCACAAAUCGUACACGUCACUCUGAAUCACCAACAAAUGCAAUUUUAUUUAUAAAUGUUGUGGCAAAACGAAUCAAACCCUCACUCGGUUCACAUACAACAAAUGUACUUUCGAAAGAAAAUAUUGCGCCAUUAUCAAAAUAA